AGUUCGGGCCAGUUCACACUACUGCUGUAGUACUCAGUCUGUCUGAGCUGUCAACACACACCCUCCACUCUGCCUGUUGCGACAUUUUUCUAUUACACUUAGUCCAUUUUUCUCUUCAACGACGUUUUCCUUCAGAUAACAGCUCCUCUCGUCUCACUAUGACUCGGAGGUGAUCUUCAGAGGUGGUUCUGGGGUUCCAGGUUGGUUUGGUGAGAGAGCAAGCUAACUGCGGGGAACAGGACCGCCUGGGGCAUCGUGUCCCUGGCUCUCAAGUGACUAAGGGAGGGGCUUGGCAUACUGUUCUGCAGCAUGGCGAAGGAAGAUCUGAAGGUCCUCAACAAAGGGGAAGAGGAGGAGAUGGAGCUGCAGGGCUACCGUUUGUGUCGUUGGCGGCUGGCCCUUGUGGGCAUUGGGGUGCUGUGUACAGGGGGCUUCCUCCUCCUGCUGCUCUACUGGAUGCCAGAGUGGUGCGUCAAAUCCACCUGCAACCGUACCACAGCCCGUGAUGCCGAAGUGGUAUUGCUGCGCUCCACGGACGAGUUCCGGCGCUGGUUCCUGGCCAGGGUGCGAGUGAUGCUGGCCCCGGGGAGUAAUCCCUUCCACAGCCUGGAGACCCAGACCACCUCCCCUUCCUCUCCAUCAUGUCCCUUCUCCUCCCCUUCUCUGGCAAACGGACAUACCCCCCACCCCUCUGAUGGCAGCCACGCUCAGGAGCUCAUCAGAAGAUAUGCCGACUACCAGCCCACACAGAUUCGCUAUUUUACCUUCCAUAGCACAAAGUAUUAUUGGAACGACGGGUUGCAGAACUUUGACGUUUUUACCGGCCUGGAUGAUCUGCAGGUCAGCUGCUCCACCCUCCACUCAGAGCACAGUGCUGGCCUGACCAGGAACCAGCAGGAGUACAGGAAACUGUUCUUCGGAGUGAAUGAAAUUGCAGUGAAAGUGCCUUCUGUUUUCAAGCUGCUUAUCAAAGAGGUACUCAACCCUUUCUACAUCUUCCAGCUCUUCAGCGUGAUCCUGUGGAGUGCCGAUGAGUAUUACUAUUAUGCUGUGGCCAUUCUUUUCAUGUCGGUCAUAUCCAUAGCUACCUCUCUGUACACCAUCAAAAAGCAAUACGUCAUGCUUCACGAUAUGGUGGCAACUCACAGUGUUGUCCGUGUGUCUGUAUGCCGAGCCAGCAAUGAAAUUGAAGAGAUUUUGUCUACUGAUCUGGUGCCGGGUGAUGUGAUGGUCAUCCCCAGCAAUGGGACCAUCAUGCCAUGUGACGCCGUGCUGGUCAGCGGCACCUGCAUCGUCAAUGAAAGCAUGCUCACAGGCGAGAGUGUUCCUGUGACAAAGACCAACCUCCCAAACCCAUUGCCUGGGGAGAGUGGGGAGGAGGCUGAUAGUGCCUAUAACACAGAGGAGCAUAAGAGACACACACUCUUCUGUGGCACCCACGUCAUCCAGACCCGCUUCUACACAGGCGAACUGGUCAAGGCUGUGGUGGUCCGCACAGGUUUCAGCACAGCCAAAGGCCAGCUGGUGCGCUCCAUACUUUACCCAAAACCUACCGACUUCAAGCUGUACCGUGAUGCCUACCUCUUCCUGUUGUGUCUGGUGGCUGUGGCUGGAAUUGGCUUUGUCUACUCCAUCGUCCUCAGCAUCCUGAACAAGGUGCCAGCUAAGACCAUCAUCAUAGAGUCCCUGGACAUCAUCACCAUCACUGUGCCACCAGCGCUGCCAGCCGCCAUGACAGCUGGCAUUGUGUACGCCCAGCGACGCCUCAAGCACCUUGGCAUUUUCUGCAUCAGCCCACAGAGGAUCAAUAUCUGUGGUCAAAUCAAUCUGGUCUGCUUUGACAAAACUGGAACUCUGACAGAAGAUGGGUUAGACCUGUGGGGAGUCCAGAGGGUUGAGAAUGGCAGUUUCCACCUGUCAGAGGAAAAUGCAUACAAGGAAAAUCUCGUCAAGUCCCAGUUUGUGGCUUGUAUGGCCACCUGCCACACUCUUACUAAAAUAGAGGGCCAGCUGUCUGGAGACCCGCUGGACCUCAAAAUGUUUGAGGCUACAGGCUGGAUCCUGGAGGAGGCCACUGAGGAGGAAACAUCUCUUCACAACCGUAUCAUGCCCACUGUGGUUCGACCCCCAAAACAGCUGUUGCCCCCAGAGCCUGCCGUAUCACCAGAGCAGGACAUGGAACUGUAUGAGCUCUCGUCCGCGUAUGAGAUAGGUAUUGUGCGCCAGUUUCCCUUUUCCUCAGCACUCCAGAGGAUGUGUGUGGUGGCUCGUCUGCUGGGAGAGAAACGUAUGGAUGCCUAUAUGAAGGGGGCGCCAGAGGUGGUGGCUAGUCUCUGCAAGAAAGAGACAGUGCCAGAAAACUUUGCAGAGAUUUUGGAGGGCUACACCAAGCAGGGUUUCAGGGUCAUUGCUCUGGCUCAUCGUCGACUUGAAUCCAAACUCACCUGGCACAAAGUCCAGAACAUCAACAGGGAUCACAUAGAGGCAAACAUGGAGUUCCUGGGUCUGAUCAUCAUGCAAAACAAGCUGAAGGCAGAAACCCCAGCGGUGCUGCAGGACCUCCACCGAGCCAGCAUCCGCACCGUCAUGGUUACUGGUGACAACAUGCUGACCGCCAUCUCUGUGGCCCGGGACUGUGGAAUGAUCCCUCCCAAAGACACAGUAAUCAUUGCUGAUGCCCUCCCUCCCCAUGAUGGACAAGCCGCUAAGAUCACCUGGAGAUAUGCCGAGAAGCCGAGCAAGACAUCUCACCUGGAGGAAGUGAACAUCAGUCUGGAGGAAGUGUGCCAUGUAGAUGAGCCCAAAACACAAGAGCUGUACCACUUUGCUAUGAACGGAAAAUCGUUUGCGGUCAUCUCCGAGCAUUUCCCUGACAUGCUUCAAAAGCUGGUGCUGCAUGGGACAGUGUUUGCCAGAAUGGCCCCAGACCAGAAAACCCAGCUCAUUGAGGCGCUUCAGGGCGUAGACUACUUUGUGGGGAUGUGUGGAGACGGAGCAAACGACUGUGGGGCUCUGAAGAGGGCUCAUGGGGGCAUCUCUCUGUCAGAGCUCGAGGCCUCAGUAGCCUCUCCCUUCACCUCCAGGACCCCCAACAUCUCCUGUGUCCCCAGCCUCAUCAGGGAGGGGCGUGCUGCUCUCAUCACCUCCUUCUGUGUGUUCAAGUUCAUGGCCCUCUACAGCAUCAUCCAGUACAUCAGUGUCACUCUCCUUUACUCUAUCCUCAGUAACCUUGGAGACUUCCAGUUCCUCUUCAUCGAUAUUGCCAUCAUCCUCCUUAUUGUCUUUACUAUGAGUCUGAAUCCAGCGUGGAAAGAACUGGUGUCACGUCGUCCCCCAUCAGGUCUGAUCUCAGGGCCGCUGCUGUUCUCUGUGCUAACCCAGAUCCUCAUCUGCUUGGGCUUCCAGACCAUUACAUUCCUUUGGGUCCGACAGCAGUCCUGGUACACAGCUUGGACACCACUUACAGAUGCCUGCAUCCUGUCAUCACAUGUUAAUGCGUCUGACCACAACGACACAGAGGUGGACGACCACAACAUCCAAAACUACGAAAACACCAGCCUCUUUUAUGUCUCCUCCUUCCAGUAUCUUGUUGUUGCCGUCGUUUUCUCAAAGGGCAAACCCUUCAGGCAGCCUAGCUACAAGAAUUUGCCUUUUGUGCUGUCUGCCCUGAGUUUGUAUGUUUUUCUGCUUUUCCUCCUGUUCCAUCCUGUCAAAAGUAUUGACACGUUUUUAGAGAUUGUUUGUGUUCCGUUUGAAUGGAGGGUAAAACUCUUCCUCAUCAUCUUAGUCAAUGCUGCUGCUUCUGUUUUGGUGGAGACCUUCAUCCUUGACAUCGUCUUAUGGAAGCUUGUGUUCAGCCGAGACAAACAGGGCAGCUUUGGCGUCACUCCUGUCGCUCCGACACCACAGGGUGCCAUUGACCUGCGAGCGUACAAGUGUCUAUCCCGGCUGUGCUGCCCAAGCAAGAUGGCACCCAAGGCUCGCUACAUGCAUCUGGCCCAGGAGCUCAGUGUGGACCCUGACUGGCCUCCAAAGCCAACCACCACCACUGAAGCCAAGUCCCUCCCAGAAAAUGGCUCCUCCUAUCAAAUAAUGACCAACUCCUAGCACCCCCCACAGCCCCUCACAGAAAAAAAAAAUCUAUCCCUUUCAUAUAGGAGACAUGCUAGCAUUUGACACAUGUUCAUUGAAUGCCGAUCCAAAUGAACUGUCACAGGAUUAUUGCUUGUCAUUACGGUUCACAGAGAUUUGCGUCAAAUACUGUAGUUCCAGAGAUGGUGUUGCAAAAUCCUUAGGAUUGCACAUAAGUACCAAAUAAAGUUAAGUUUCAGUUCUCUCAGCACUCUCUCUGGCACAACCACUCGCACGCUCUCAGGUCUCUCUUGCUUGUCUUAAAUAUUAUAUAAACAUCAAUAAUUCCAAAAUCCUAAUUGCAAUGUUUGUUCACCAAAGCUGAGCAGCAUUCAACCCAGGCUUGGGGAGAGGUGAUAAGCCAGGUCGAAUAUGCACGUUGACCUCUUCAGAUUGACUGCCAAUGCAGUUUUAAUAUCCCACUCCACUUUGUCUGUGUGAAAGAGGUAUAAAAGUAAGCCAAAUUCCAACUCUACUUCAGAGCUAUCUUCUGACAUACAUGUGCUGUCAGAAUUGUCAUGUAAUGGCGUCUUCAGAUUUCAUUAGCAACCACAGUACAAGAUGUCAAUUUUAGACAAAGAGUAAAAAAAAAAGCGGAAUAUCAUGUCUGAGCCUUUCAGAAUGAUCACUGACAAAAAUAGAAUGUGGAGAAAGGUAGAAACAGAUGCUAACCUAGAAGAGGGGUUGUACUUUGGCCAUCUAGUAUGACCCACUGUUACUUAAACUGCGAGUAAGGUAAUUGGUCGAAAAAGAGAGUGUGGAUGAGUUUAAGGAAGAGGGUGAAAGAAAGAAGUUUCAACGAUCUGAUCGUUUAGUUUGUUUUUUUAAAAGCAGCAGCAAGUCCACUCUAUGUUUGUGUUUCUGAGCAGCCACCACCUUACUUUUAGGAUGUUACAUAGUUAGUAACGAUUUACAGGUCUACCCUGUUGCAGGUGGUGCAGGCUCUGAUUGCUACUAUGUAGUGGUCUUAUACAGUUAAUAAACAUAUAUAGUCAUUUUAAUGAGCUAGCAUUACCAUCUGGCAAGCACUCAUUGAAUUUAUUGAAAGGAUAGCCCCAUGAGAUCUAGCAUCUCAUUUUUAAGGGGGUCCUAUUUGAGAGCAUGGAAUCAUGACCAAAAAAAAAAAAGCUUUAAAGCUUACCAUUGAAUGAAAUUACUCACUUGAGAAACCAGUAAUUAAAUAGUUUUUUAAGCAAACUGCACGUUGUAGGAGAUUGGGGAAUCUUGGAACGGCUUCAAUCAACUUGUUGUUCAGUUGCACACUCCAGGCAGAAGCUCACAAGUAAAUGCACAAAUAGGCUCAUUGGCUGUCAAGAGCCAAUGAUAUAACUCUGGAAAAAUAUUGUAAAUUAAAUUGGGCAUUUACAGAUUUUGUAAGAUUUGGAAAAUGCACAAUAAGUGUGAAAAUAUUCAAGUUUUUUCAAAGCUGAUGGGACACUUAAGAGUAUUUGUAAAUCUGCUGUCAGCACCGUAAUGUUGCAUGGUCAAUCUUACUGUUGUUCCUGGCCACUUUUCAGUUAAACCCUCGGAAAUUUAGAAAAUGACUUGAAAUGAAAGUGGGCUAUAAAAAUUGCAAGCCUUAAUUACAAAAUACAGUACAUUAUACAUCAGAUUGAUGAUUGAAACUACAAAUUGAUAAACAGCAGAAAGUAAUCUAAGGUUGCAUUUUCCUCAUAAUUUGGCCAAAAGUUUUAUACAUAGUCAAACAUUGCGGCUUGUAAAAAGUAAAGGACUUAAAGAGAAGAGCGAGGGAGACAGAUGUGCUCAUCUUCCCUCAACCACAGGCUGGGACCUGUGGCAGGAUCUUCAUUUUUACCAUUUUAGGGUUUUUAAUGAAGAUAUUAUGAAGAAAAAACUGAAAAAAAAACCCUGACAAAAAGAUUAAUUUCAUCUCCGCUUUUUUAGGAAAGCUACUGCAUUCAUUGGUCCAUGCACCAACCGGUCAACAACACUUCAUAACAGGAUACCUCAGCUGUGAUUAUCCUAACGUAGCACACUAACAUACAAAAUGUUAGUACGUACGUGUUAGCAUACCAUAUGUGUUAGCAUACCCUGCUAACAGGUUUGAUAGGGAACAUCACAGCCUUUUCCUCUGGCGCUCCCCUCAGGCAAUACAUUUGCCCCACUAGUGGUAAAGAUCCAACAACAGCAAACGUGUCUCUACAGUACUUUUCAUCCAUCAAAUAAUGUUUUCUAGUGUGUAAUGAGCUUUACACCCUAAUGGGCCUCACACAUUUCAUUUUUUGUUUUUGCAUCUAUGAGCCAUGGCCUGUCAGCAUUAGACAGGAGACUGAAAACAUACCAACACUUGCAUAAAGCCAGCUCCCUAUCUUCAUGUUCUGAAGACUUGAUGGUUGGAAUACUAGAAACAUUACUACAAAUACAGCAUCACUGUAGAAUUAAGAAACAUUUACAUGAACAUCUCUGUAUUAAAAAAACGCUGGUUAUCGUGGACAGUUAAUUGAAUGCAUAAGACCAUACAAAUCAAAGCAUCCUACAUUUACAAACUCAUGUCAGAUUGGCUCCUGAAAGCCACUACUUUUAUUUUUCUUUAAAAACUAAAUUUCUUCCUAUGGAAGAUGUGAUAAAAGCGUGAUAAUAAAUUAAGGCAAGGCAUUGUGCAUCUCAUCAGCUCGCUGCACAUUCAAAACAUCCAUGCAACAACACCUGCUGCAUAUGAUGGAUGUCGAUUAGCAUAUCCACUCCAUGUAUAACACAUAGGCUACCUGCAUAGAGAGUUAAGGGCUAUAUUUUACAUUCACUACUCUUUCUUUGACGUUGAAGGUGAUUCUUCCCAGAAUCUAUACUCACUCCCUGUAAGCUUUGAAGGUGGCUGUAAAAGUGUUGCUUCUUCCUCACUAAAAACCUGACUGGAAAUUCAUUUUAAGAUAAGAUAAUUUGUUAGAUUUAAGAUAACCAUAAUGGGCAGCUGGGUAGCUCACCUGGUAGAGCGUGCACCCAUAUAUAGAGGUUUACUCCUCGACGCAGCGGCCAUGGGUUCGGCUCCGACCUACGGCCCUUUGCUGCAUGUCAUUUCCCCCCCCUCUCUCUCUCUCUCUCUCUCUUCUUUCAUGUCUUCAGCUUUCCUGUCCUAAAAUGGCAAAACAAUUAUCUUUAUAAAAAAAAAAAAAAAGGAUCGAUAACAAUAAUGGCAUACUGAGCUAACAGGUGGACAGCAGAGAAGCAGUUUAUACAACAGAAUGGAUUGAGGAGUUUUCAUUUGCAUUUGGCUACUUUUUUAAGCCAUUGAAAUUGGUACUAUUGGAAAUCAUACUUUUUACAGCCGCCAGAGAUAAUGUUGGAUCCUCAAGAGGCAGAUUUAGGGUGGAGUAUCACUUUAAAGCAAAGACACCAACAUGCUUGCAGCUGGUUCUCAAUGUCAAUAUAACUGUAUACUCUGCCUAGCAGCCUGCCUUUCAUGUAUGGUUUAAUAGUGUCCCAAAGUAUUUUCAGAGUGCUAAUCAGUGGUUUUGAGACACGUCAACGAAUGUCAAACUAAAUGUAUACCUUUCAUCACUGACAAAUUAUUUCUCAAAUAUCUGGUAACAGCGCUGUAUUAUGUGACACUUAAUUGUGCAUGACAUCACAUAAAGCUUGUCCAUUGAUUAUUGACGAUUUUAUUCAUAUAGAAACAAAAUCGAAACAGAAUCCCUCAAUAUCUGUAAUAACGAGUCUGAAGUUGCUCAGUUCCUAAAAGCCAUUGUCUAUUGAGAUGCUUGUAAUAUAACAAAUGCAUAUGAAACUUGGAUCCAUAUUGUUUUUAUGACAAGCUCAUAUGUGAUAUGUGAGUUUUCACAGAUACAUUUUUUAUUUGAUGAGCAAAGUAAUAGUAUUUUGUUAUAGUAUUUUGUGGGUAAAUUCCCAGCGUGAGAAAAAGGAUAAACAGUACUGUAGAUGAAACUGGUGAGAAAUGCAUAACUUGGCUCAAAUGGACAUUCUUGUGCCAAUUUGUCAAAAACAUGGGUUACAUGGAUUUCUCUGCCUCUCAAUACUCAGUGGUAUGUUUUCUUUUUUAAAUUUGCUUUCAGGUUUUUUUUUUCUUCUCUAGAUACCUCCUGAGGGUAAAAAUGAAUGUUGUGUAGAGAGCAGAAUUGAAUGCAAUGCAAUACUAUGGUUAUUGAUUUUUUUUUUUCCCAAAGACUUUUCAUCACAUCUGUAUUUGAGAAGAAGAAAUGUUUAAUUUUAGACUGUGUUAAGUUCUGUCAAAUCUGAUUUGUCUCAGCAGAAAUGGACUUUAAAAGGUAUUAAUUAUAUUAGAGGUUGGAUUCUAUCUGUGUACAUAUAAGAUUUACAUUUCUAGUAUGUGCAUACAAGUCAAAAGAUGUAGUCAUAAACAUUUAUGGGUUUUGGAUUAUCAAAGGGCUGGUUUGUCUUUUUCUACUAUUUUGGUACUGUGUUACAAUUAGUUGUCUUUUGAUUUGUACUGUCUUGGAUUUAUUUGUACUUUCACUUUUGUUAUGGAGUUGCAUUAGCUUGGAUCUUUCUUAUUUGGGCAUGAAUCCUGGGCAUUUAUUUCACAAUUUGAAUCAGUUAUUGUGAAGUGUGAUUGGAUCGAUAUUUGUUCUGUCUUGGAUAAACAGCACAUGUCUACUUUAGAGUUUACUCUCUUUCUCUAAAGGGGUUUUAAGUAGAUUGAAUUCUCAGCUUUUUUUUUUUGCUUCUCUUUUGUCUCAAUGCUUUGUAUAAUACCAAGGACCUGACACAAGAAGGGAAUUCAACUGGUGUAGUAUAUUUGGCCCCUUCUCUCAGCAAAUUCAGAAUUUGAGCAACAUCUGCUGAUCUUGUUAGAUCAUCUAAUGUACAUAUUUUUAAAGAUCUUUUACAUCCAUGUAAAAUGACAAUGUAAUUGGCAAAAAGAAUGUGCAUUGCUGCUAGAUAUUAGCAGUCGUUUGUAAAAGUGACUAUGUUGCUGCUAGGGGCAAAAUGAUUCAGUCUCAGCUGUCAUAACUGCACCUUGAUACAGACAAUUCAUCAAUUGAAUGACUUGCAAAGUGUAAAUACUACUAUUGCUCGUCUUCUACGCUACAUUUUUGCCUUUAUUCUGACACAGCUACGUUAAAGCAAUGGCUUUUAUGCUGAAACCUCUAUGCUCUUAUACAGGUACAACAUAUACCCACUGCUGACAGCAUUGGCCUCUUUUUCACAUGUAUUUUAAACAAACCAUCGAAUGGCAUUUAGAUUGAGUUAGCCACUGUGUAUACAAAGCCUCAUGCGGAUGUUGUUUCCUCAGGGAAAUGUGUCUAUUUGUAAUGAAUAAAGAAAAUAAUAAACAUUGAUGCCCAUACUGAAUGAAAAUAUACUGUUAAAACUUUUUAUUACUGUACAGUCUGUCUGUAUGUCAGCUUUCAGUACAGUUUAUCUGGUGUGCUUUUUAUUUGCAGCCUACACCUGAGCAAGAGGCUCAUCUAGGGCAUAUGUGUUUUUAUUGGCAGAGAUGUACUUUUUGUACUCUAUAAUUUAUUUUUUAAUUUAUUUUCACUUCUUUCUCCCUGAGGAUUGUAUUUCAGAUUUAUCUUGAUUUCUUUUCAAUAAAUGUUCUGAAAUUGGU